UCACUGCCCCUCUAGAAUCCCUGGAAUCUUGAAGAAUCAUUCGAGGAGGGGGGAAUGAGAGUAAUGAAUCUGUGCAUCUGCCCAAAAUUCGUGAAAUCAGCUGGGGAGAAAGUUUAUUACUCUCCUGCAGUCUGAGUAAAUCAUAUUCCCCAAUCCUAUUCCUUCUUCCAAUCCGAGGAAGAUAUUGCGACUUUCCUUACAUCAUACGCAUACAUAUUGGAGAGAGUACAGAGUAACAUCAAUCAAUCUAUUCCACCUGGGCAUCCAUCCAUCCAUCCAUCUAUCCAUCUAUACAUUCAUCCCACCCAUACAUAUAUCAAUUGAGGCCACGAAUUCGAGGCUUCCAGAAUCAAAAAGAGUCAAUCGAACUUUUAUUCCGACCACCUCGAAACCCAAUCCCACUCAACCACAACACACAAUCCGUCCGUAUCUUACAUCGAACUCGAAUUUUGCUUUCGAUUGGCGCCAUUUGAUUCACAUUAUUUUAGUUGAUAUCUAGGGAAUGUGAGAUAGUUCUUCUUCAAAGAAUCUCUCAUCUCAUUAUACAAAGGAAUUCUAUCGCUCUCUUCUUAUCUACGUCAGAAUCACAAAUCAAUACAUAACAAGGCUUCAAUGGCUACCGCCAGUACCAACCAUUCAAAUCCAAUAAAUCCGGAUUUUACCUUAUCUCCACGACAAGAGGAACUACUCUUUGCUGCUCUCAAUUCAAACAAGUCUUCAAACAAUAUGGAUAAUUCAAUUACUGCACAGAACAAUGGUCUUCCAAACACAUCUACAUCCGCAUUCAACGAAUCUCCGAUCCAAGCUCCGGGUUCGGGUACGUUGAACGGAUUCGAAGAGAGUCCUUUUAUCGAUUACGACUACGAAUUUGAAGGUGAUGAUAGUUUCAAUUUCGACUUUACCAAUAAUUCGCAAGGACAAAUGAUCGGAAACUUACCUGGAACUUCGUCGGAUGGUGAUGCUGAGAAUCAUGAAAAGAGAAGUCAUCCAGACGAUGAUGACGAUGAAGAAGGAGGUGGUAAACGAAGAGAAGGCGAUGAUAAAUCGUCGAAGAAGCCCGGCAGAAAACCUCUGACAUCAGAACCCACUUCAAAACGCAAAGCUCAAAAUCGUGCCGCCCAACGUGCAUUCCGUGAGCGAAAAGAAAAGCAUCUAAAGGAUCUUGAGACAAAGGUUGAGGAUUUAGAGAAAGCUUCCGAAUCUGCCAAUCAUGAGAAUAGUAUUCUGAGAGCGCAAAUCGAGCGAAUGUCAAUGGAAUUGAGGGAAUACAAGAAAAGAUUGUCUCUCACUGGUGGUAUCAACCGAAGCUCAAAUGGCAACGCUCCAGCUUAUUUCGCAGGCAAAGGGCUUCCAUCUGCAUCUGCUAAUCCAAAUGACGUCAAUUUUCAAUUCGAGUUCCCAAGAUUUGGCCGCCUUCCCGGACCCCCUAUCACUAAUGGAAGCUCAUCAGUCGGACCAUCCAACUCCCCAAUUUCUUCUCAGAAUGCUCCCAGUCCAACUGACAAGAGUCAAACCAGCUCCCGCAAUCAAUCCAAUGCGAGCACCUUUGAUGUUGGUUUGACUCAAACUCCAGCUCAGAUUGGUGGUGAUGACAUGGCCUCAUUCUCUGGUUUAUUCUCCCCUGAAAUUUUGGAUAACGCAUCUAAAUGUUCACCGUUCGACGCUUUCGGAAAUAUAACCAAUGGUUCAAUGUCAAGCAACGGCUCACCCAACAUUUCCACCAAUGGUCAAAGUACGUCAUAUAGCUCACCGUCGGCUUCCUCGCACUCCAACAACGGAGCAAGUUCAUCUUGUGGAACCUCUCCCGAACCUACCAACAUGCAAUCACCAUACAACAAAGCUAUUGACAAUACGUUGACAACGAUUGGGGAAGAGAAAACAUCUAGCAACAGCAACUCAGCACCAGGUGAGCUGUCCUUCUGCGAAAAGCUCAACAUGGCUUGCGGCAAUCCCAACAAUCCCAUUCCACGUACAAUGUCUGAACCCGGUAUCAAUUCAGGAAAUGUAGAAACUGCCGUUUUCGAUGUCAACGGUAUUGAUUGGUUCGCUCAACAAAACAACAAUCAAUUUGACCCUCAACUCUUCGGUGACUACCGCGAACCUCAAAAUAAUGUUCUAUCAAACGACCCUUUUGCUCUUGAUGAUGGUUUCUUCGCAGAUGCAUUUGAGAUGCCAGAUUUCAACACACCAUUCAAUGUUCCAAGUCCUGCAACUACAAAGAAGGAUCUUGUACAACAAAUCGAUGAGAAGCAGAAUGAAGACAAUGAGGUAGUCCCAGGCGAAGAUAGAUCGACGAUGCUCACUUGCAACACCAUUUGGGAUCGUCUCCAGAAUUGUCCCAAGGUCAAGGAAGGCGGAUUUGACCUUGAUGGCCUUUGCAAGGAUCUUCAAAAGAAAGCUAAAUGUUCGGAGACAGGCGCCGUCGUUAAUGAAUCUGAUUUCCAGAAAAUCAUGAAGAAUUAUGCUCCUCAAGGCUGCGACACUAUGACCUCUCCAAUGGCCAAGAAGGCGUGAAUGAUCGAUCGGAUAUACACUUUGGGAUGAUACCUAUAUUGGAACGGAAUGGCGUUGCAAACACAUUAAAAUGACCACAAGGUCGGAUCAUGGUUAAGGAUAACAUUUUGCUAGGACAAAGCAAUGUUUUUGGCGCCCAUAUGGACAUGAUACGUCUCAUGAAACUGGAUUGAUUUUAGUUUCUUCUCUUUUUAUUUUGGGGGCUUGGUAUGGGAAUUUGGUUACCUGAUUUUGUAUCUUUUUCGGAUUUAUUUGAUUGAUCAUUGGUUUGUUGAUUGGAGUGGUUUGCAGUGUUUGAUGAUAAACGGGUUCGGGACGGAUAAGUUUACAGUAGAUUGUUCACUCGUUCUUUCCGAUCUGGUUCGCUGUAUCAAGAGAAUGACCGAUCUCUAUUCUAGUGCCGUGAGAUGAAGAUGAUUUGCAUGGUUGGAAAGGGAAAGGGAAAGGAAAUGGAUACGGGAAUGAUGAUAUGAAUGAAUGGUCUGGUAUGGUAUGGUCGAUAUGGUAUGGUUGAUAUGGUACAAGAAUCGAUAAGCAUUAAAUAGCGAAUAGCAACUUAGCAUGUCCCCUCUAUCUUGCAUGCUUGUGUAAAGUUACGUGUCGUUAGUGUCGGCAUUACCAUAUGUUUUAAACAAAGCCCGACGGUCAAAAUAAAAUUGU